AUAAAAGAAGACUACACCUCAAGGAAGAUCACAUCCACAUAAAAUUAAUUCCAUCAAUUAGUAAAGCAAAAACACAAUUAACCAAAGUUGAGAUAUGGCAGAUGUUAAAUUGCUUGGUUUAUGGUAUAGCCCUUUUAGUAAAAGAGUUGAAUGGGCUCUAAAGAUUAAGGGUGUGGAAUAUGAAUAUAUAGAAGAUGAUCUACAAAAUAAGAGCCUUUUACUUCUUCAAUCCAAUCCAAUUCACAAGAAAGUUCCUGUGCUCAUUCAUAAUGGCAAGUCCAUUUGUGAGUCAAGUGUGAUUGUUGAAUACAUUGAUGAGACAUUUGAAGGCCCUUCCAUCUUGCCUAAAGACCCUUAUGAUCGAGCUUUAGUUCGUUUUUGGGAUAAAUUCUUCGAAGAUAAGGGGCCAUCAAUGAUGAAAAGUUUAUUUCUCAAAGGAGAGGAACAAGAGAAAGCUAAAGAGGAAGUUUAUGAGAUGUUGAAAAUUCUUGAUAAUGAGUUAAAGGACAAGAAGUUCUUUGUUGGUGACAAAUUUGGAUUUGUUGAUAUUGUUGCAAAUGCUGUAGCACUUUGGUUUGGAGUUUUUGAAGAAGUAACUGGAGUUGUUUUGGUGACAAAAGAAAAAUUCCCUAAUUUUUGUGUUUGGAGAGAUGAAUACUACAUUCAAAACAAGGAAUAUUUACCUCCAAGAGAUGAAUUGUUUGCCCAUUACCAAGCUUACAUUCAACGUGUUGCUGCUUCAAAAUAAGGGUCUUUACAAAAUUCAAAAGAUAUAAAGAAGAAUUUUGAAUCUUAUAAUUAAAGCUGUCAGAAAGGACUUGAUCUUUGAAGUCAGCCCAAAUCAAUAUGAGAAAAUUAAAAUUUUUAGUGCACUUAUUUGUAAAAAAAAUAAAAAAAAUUACUUAUGCAGUUUUUGAAUACCCUUUGUGAAAUUUCUGACUCCGCUACUGCACUUCUCCCCCGAUCUUCCUCUUGUUUUCAAUUAUUAAUUCUAUAUUCAUGACACCAUGUGAUGAAUUCUAGGUAGCCCUAUAAUAAAGAUAUUGAAAAUCAUGUUGUUUCUCUCUGGUCUAUUUACUCUUCUUGUCUACUUUAUUGUAUUUCAUAUUGUUAAUUUUUGGCUUCAUUUUAUAA